GGACCAUGUCGACCACCAACCCCACGGGGGAAACCACCGAGUGGGACGACCUGCAAAGGAAGUAUGGGAAUUUACCCCCACUGCAGAAGGAGGUGAAGGAAGAAGAAAUAUACCUAAACAAUUUGGAAAAACUGGAGAGAAUCAACCCGUUGGAGAAAAAAAAUCUACACCAACUGACGUUGCUGGAGGAGAACUGUGUCGACGAGGAGUACCUGAAAAUAAUUGAGAGGCACAAAACGAAUCGCAUAAAAGAAAUAAAUAGAAGUAGGGCUAUGGAUGUGUUUGGGGAGGUGUACGAAAUUUCGAAGGACAAUUUUCUGUCCGAAGUUAACGAAGCCAGUAGGAGGAACCCCCUGGGUGAAUAUGGCGGCCGGUCGAUGGAGAGCACACGGGGGGAUGCGGAUUUAGAAGAGGAGGAAGAAGGAGCAGCCACGUCCGCAUUCGAAUCGUCAGUCGCAAAGGCAGUCACAAAGGCAGUCCCAUCCGCGCAAGACACACAAGGCACGCACGUCGUGAUCCACCUUUACUCAGACAACGUCCUCGCAUGCAAAGUGACCAAUGAUAUCCUAACUCAAAUGGCUAGAAAACACAAAUAUGUGAAAUUCACAAAGGGGAUAUACAACCGAAUUGUAGAAAAUUAUCCUGAAUCUAAUCUACCCACGAUUCUUAUUUACUACAAUGGUGUAUGCACACAUCAAAUUUGCAAUCUGCUGAGUAGCAUAAAAGGAGGAGUAAAUAACUUAAGUUUGAAAACGUUUGAGCAAUUUUUAGGAAAGUAUUUCAUUUUGAGAUCUCCUUCAAGUUGGAUGAAUAGUGGACAGAGUCUUAGUGACCACACGAUUGAUUCUAGUGAUAUGGAUAGUGAGGGUGGAGGUCGGUAUGUUGAACGAGAUAGUGAUGGACAUCGAGAUCGUACGGAUCGUUAUGCUGAGAAGGGUAAUCGUGUUAGAACAAAUAAACACUAUACUUCGUUUAAUAUGUUUGGUAGGAAGUACACUAGUGGGGACUACUCCUCUGAUGAGGGGGGAUGGACGUCCAAGGGUUAUGCCUCCUCCAUGCUGGAUCGGAAGGUUAAUCAAAAGGGGGUUU